ACCUUUUUCAGAAGAAAAAAACUUUGUUUGAAGCUCUCUCAAUCAAUUAUUGAGCAAACCAUGGGUAGUUGUCUCUCUUUAUCCAUCUCGGUAGAUGAAGUUGUUAGUCGAUGCUGGGAUUUGGUUGCUGGACAAGCACAAUACAUUUGUAAGCUUGAACAAAAUCUUCAAGCAUUGGAGGCUGAGGCAACAAGAUUGACAGAGCAAAGAAAUGAUGUGAAUAGGAGGGUUCUUCUUGCAAAGGAGCAGCGCAUGGAGCCCCUUAGAACGGUAGAAGGAUGGCUUGAAAGAGUGGAGAAAGAGAUAAGAGAAGUUGGGCAGAUAAUAGAAGAUGCCCCUGCACAAAUUAAUAAUUUGUGCCUUGGAGGUUACUUUUCCAAGAGCUGCUGUUCAAGCUACAAGUUUGGGAAAAAAGUAGUACAAAAGACUAGAGAUGUGACUAAACUAAAAACCGAAGGAAAUUUUCCUGUCGUUGCUGCGAGGUGCCCAGCUGCUUCAGUGGUUAUAAGACCCAGUGAGUCUACAGUGGGUUUGGAGUCAACAUUUGACGAGGUUUGGGCAUGCGUUACUGGUCCAGGCAGCAACAUGAUUGGCCUCUAUGGCAUGGGCGGAGUCGGGAAGACAACUCUCUUAAAGCAGAUCAACAAUGAGCUGGGACAGACAAGAAAUGAUUUUGAUAUUGUGAUUUGGGCAACGGUGUCUGAAAAUCACACUAUGGAGAAAGUUCAAGAUGAGAUUGGAAUAAAGAUUGGUUAUAGUGAAGAAGAAUGGAAACAAAAAAGGGAAAUGACCAAGCUUAUCUUUACUACUCGUUCUCUUGAUGUGUGUGGUCAAAUGGAAGCUCAUAAGAAGAUCAAGGUAGACUGUUUGGUUCCAGAGAAAGCCUGGGAAUUGUUUCAAAAAAAAGUUGGAGAAGAAACCCUUGCUAGCCACCAACGAAUCCGUGGACUAGCAAAGGUAGUGGCAGAAGAGUGCAAGGGUCUGCCUCUUGCCCUCGUCACCGUAGGUCGGGCUAUGUCAUACCGGAACACACCUGAACAAUGGGAACGUGCAACAGAGAGUCUAAGGAGGUCCGUUGCUAAUCAUGUUCCUCCAGGUAUGAUGGAUGGCGUGUUUUCUGAUAAGCAAAUGUGAGCUCAUAGACUAUUGGAUUGCAGAAGGAUUUCUAAAUGAAGUUUACAAUAUUUG